AUAUCCACACGCUAAAACCACUCCCACUCACUCACAGCCAGUCACUCUUAGCACAUAGCAAAAGCCAACAGGUUUCUUUCUUUUCGAGCAGCUUCUCGUGAUCAUCGCUAGCAGAGAUAUGGGCAGGAAAUUUUUCGUCGGCGGCAACUGGAAAUGCAAUGGUACUACGGAUGAAGUGAAGAAGAUAGUGUCAAUGCUCAAUGCUGCUGAAGUGCCAUCUCAAGAUGUUGUUGAGGUUGUUGUCAGCCCUCCAUUCGUGUUUCUUCCUUUGGUAAAAAGUACUCUCCGAUCUGAUUUCCAUGUCGCAGCUCAAAAUUGUUGGGUUAAGAAAGGGGGUGCUUACACCGGUGAGGUUAGUGCUGAGAUGCUUGUCAACCUGGACGUACCCUGGGUAAUUCUUGGCCACUCUGAGAGGCGGGCUUUGUUAGGUGAAUCAAAUGAGUUUGUUGGAGAUAAAGUUGCAUAUGCACUUGCUCAAGGUUUGAAAGUAAUUGCUUGUAUUGGCGAGACUCUUGAACAAAGAGAAGCAGGAUCAACUGUGGAUGUUGUUGCUGCACAAACUAAGGCCAUUGCAGCAAAGAUUUCUGAUUGGACUAAUGUUGUCUUGGCUUAUGAGCCUGUCUGGGCUAUUGGAACUGGAAAGGUCGCCACUCCUGCUCAGGCUCAGGAAGUGCAUCUUGAAUUGAGGAAAUGGCUUGAGACAAAUGUAAGCCCUCAAGUUGCUGCUUCAACCAGGAUUAUUUACGGAGGCUCCGUGAAUGGUGGCAACUGCAAGGAAUUGGCCGGACAACCUGAUGUUGAUGGUUUCCUAGUUGGUGGUGCUUCUCUCAAGCCGGAGUUCAUUGACAUCAUCAAGUCUGCUGAGGUGAAGAAAAGUGCUUGAGUUCAGUUUAAGUCUUGGCUAAUCAAGUUUUGAAGCGGAGAUGUAAUAACCAUUACCUCUAUUGGCUGGGGACUUUGUUGUGCAAUUUUAUUUGUGGCUGCACCUUGAAGUUACCUUCGUUUUUACGAAUAAAACUGACAACCUCUCUGAUAUUAAGAUGUAGUUUCCCUGUCAAAUUUACUGCACUUAAGCAUCAUCUUUUGUUGCGAGGAUCUGGGCUUUACACAGUAUGUGAAUUUUGAAACUAUUUAAGUCGUUGGAAAGGCUGUUGUUGUGGGAGAAUGGCCCAGGGAUUAUAUGAUGAGUUCUGCUAUGAGAGCAGGAACGUCAAUCUAUUUCCAUCUUUAUGCAUGAUGCAGUUCUCAUGUUCAGAUUAA